AUGAGACUCUCCACCCUCGGUUCAGCCCUUGUGGGCCUAGCUGUCGCGCAGGCAUCGACCAUCAAUUACACCACGGUCACAGGCUAUUUUCUACAGGAUGAGGAGUCGACUGAUCCCACUACAUUUGACUAUACAGCGGAGAAUUUCGGCCUGAUCGGCCGCGCUUAUCCCGCAGACAACGAGCACAAGAAACACGGGUCUCUGACCCAAUGGGAGCGUUUCUACCACCAGGUUACUAAGUUAAAUGAGCAUUCGCCCAAGCACGUUGAAUAUAAGGUUUUGUUCCUUGGUCGACAUGGGGAAGGGUGGCACAAUGCUGCCGAAAGCUACUAUGGAACACCAGCGUGGAACUGCUACUGGUCCGAACUCAACGGCAACAGCACAGCAAGCUGGGCAGAUGCCGACCUCACACCUGGCGGUAUCUCACAAGCGCUCAAGGCAAACGAGUUCUGGCAAAAAGAGAUAAACGAACAGCGAAUCCACACACCAGACCACUACUAUGUCAGCCCUAUGACACGCGCUCUGAAAACCGCCAACCUAACUUUCACGGGCCUGGACAUGCCCAAACAUAGCGCGGCCUUCAAGCCGACCGUGAAGGAACACUUCCGUGAAGGAAUCAGCGUCCACACCUGCGACCACCGCCGUAGCCGCAGCUACAUCCACGACCUAUUCCCGCACUGGCCCAUUGAGCAUGGGUUUACCGAGGAGGAUGAGCUGUGGAAUGGCGUGACGGCUGAAUCUAGUGGCGCGCAGGAUGUGCGGAGCGCCCAGGCUUUGGGGGAUGUCUUCUUUACUUCGUCCAAGAAGAAGUCGUUUGUCUCGAUUACGUCGCAUUCGGGUGAGAUCUCCUCUAUUCUGAGGGUUAUUGGACACCGGACCUUCAAGCUGAGUACUGGUGCUGUUAUUCCGGUGUUGGUCAAGGCUGAGAAGGUUGACGAGGAACCGGCUACCUCUUCUGUGCCUUGGGAGGUGAGUCCGCACUGUACUGAGCCGCCCGUUACUUCGGUUACGGCUUGUGUUUGUCCUUCCAGUGCGGUGCCUGUUACGACGCCUUUGGCUACGGGUUUCUAG